UUUUGGGCUCAGAACUGCAAUUAAUGCGCCUUUCAUUUUGAGACUGUUGCUUUUAAUUUGGCUUUAACCCAAAGAGAAAAAAAAGGAAAAAAAAAAUAAGCAUAGUGAGAGAGAUAAUAAUAAUAAUAUGGGAGUGUUUUUUUUUUUUCUUCAACUCUACUUUCAGGUGUCUCUGAUUGAGGAGUAGCUGGAAGAUUUUUUUUUUUUUUUGGAGGUGUAGAUUCUUCUUGUUCAAUCUUUGUUUGGCAUAAUUUCUUCUCUUGUAUAUCUGCACUUUUGGGUGUCUUUAUUUUGUGUCCAUUACUUGGGGAUCUGCUUUCUUUCUUGCUUUUUGGGUCUUGGGGUUUCUUCCAAUUUGAUUCAACUGGUUGACUUUCGAUUUGGACGUUGUGGGGUUUUACAAAAGUCGAGUCUUUGAGUAUUGUGGAUCUUAACUUCAUUCUGGGUUUUCUUUAUUGUGUUCUUCCUUUUUUUUUCCUUCCAUCUCUAAAAUGUCAAUAUGAAUAUCUAGAAUCUUGUUUCUUUGAAUUUCUCACAUCAAGAAGCUGAAAUUGAUUGAGAGGGAGUGAUUCAGUCAAAGAUUAUUUGGGUUGUCUUUUUUACAAGGUGGGCUGUCUCAAUUUUGGAGUGUGAAUCUUGAAAAAAAGCUUUGUUCAGUCACUCUCUUUUUUGGGUUCUCUCUCUGAUUGAUUCAACAAGAGGGGAAAACUUCCCACACAAAGAAAAAGCUCUAAUGCAUCUUUCACUAUGGAAGCCAAUAUCUCACUGUGCUUCUCUAAUCUUGGACAAAAAGAGCAGAAAGAGAGAUGGGUCUAACCAUACCAAUGAAGAAAUCAAGAAAAACCCAUCUGUUCUGAAGAAAUUGCAAGAGCAUAAGCUCAGGGAGGCUCUUGAGGAAGCAUCUGAAAAUGGGUCUCUUGUUAAAUCCCAAGAUGUGGACUCCCUGUCAGCACAAAACCAAGAUGAGGGGUUGGGCCGAUCCCGGUCACUCGCUAGGCUACAUGCCCAAAAAGAAUUCCUUAAAGCCACUGCUCUUGCUGCAGAGCGCACUUUUGAAUCUGAGGAAUCCAUUCCUGAGCUGGAGGAGGCCUAUUCCAAGUUCCUGACCAUGUAUCCAAAGUACAACUCCUCAGGGAAGAUUGAUGAGCUGAGGUCAGAUGAGUACUCUCACCUUUCUGGCUCUAUACCUAAGGUAUGUCUUGACUACUGUGGGUUUGGGUUGUUUUCAUUUCUUCAGAGUGUUCAUUACUGGGAGUCAUCUACAUUUAGCCUGUCUGAGAUUACUGCCAAUUUGAGCAAUCAUGCUUUAUAUGGGUGUGCUGAAAAGGGCACCGUGGAACACGAUGUUAAGGCUCGGAUAAUGGAUUACUUGAACAUCCCUGAAAAUGAGUAUGGUCUUGUUUUUACUGUUAGUAGGGGCUCUGCUUUUAAGUUGUUAGCUGAAUCAUAUCCUUUCCAGACAAACAAAAAGUUGUUGACUAUGUUUGAUCAUGAAAGCCAAUCAGUUAACUGGAUGGGUCAGUGUGCCAGGGAGAAAGGUGCCAAGGUUUAUAGUGCAUGGUUCAAAUGGCCUACCCUCAAACUAUGCUCAACUGAUUUGAGAAAGCAAAUUUCUAACAAAAAGAGGAGAAAGAAGGAUGCAGCUACUGGUCUCUUUGUUUUUCCAGUCCAAUCUAGGGUUACUGGUGCAAAGUACUCCUACCAGUGGAUGGCACUGGCACAGCAGAAUAAUUGGCAUGUGUUGCUUGAUGCCGGUGCUCUGGGUCCAAAAGAUAUGGAUUCCCUUGGAUUGUCUUUAUUUCGUCCGGAUUUUAUAAUUACUUCAUUCUACAGGGUGUUCGGUUAUGACCCAACUGGAUUUGGAUGUCUUCUUAUCAAGAAAUCUGUGAUGGCAAGCCUUCAAAAUCAGUCUGGGCAUGCUGGGUCUGGUAUAGUGAAAAUUACUCCUGUUUUCCCCUUGUAUUUGAGUGAUUCAAUUGAUGGUUUCCCCGGAUUGACCGAGGACGAUGAAGCCGGAGAGAACAGUGAAGUUAAUGCUGAAACUCGACCAGGGUCUCAGUUGCCAGCCUUUUCUGGUGCAUUCACUUCUGCUCAGGUAAGGGAUGUAUUUGAGACAGAAAUGGAGCAUGACAAUAGCUCUGAUAGGGAUGGAGCUAGCACAAUAUUUGAAGAGACUGAAAGCAUUUCUAUUGGAGAGGUCAUGAGAAGUCCAGUCUUUAGCGAAGAUGAAUCAUCUGAUAACUCCCUGUGGAUUGACUUGGGUCAGAGUCCUUUGGGUUCUGAUGGUGCUGGGCAGUCUAACAAACAAAAGAUUGCCUCUCCAGCACCCCCAUUUUGGUUUGCUGGCAGGAAGAACAAUAAAAGGCUCUCUCCCAAGCCUUCAAAGAUGUCAAGCAGCCCAUUGUAUGACAGAGAGUUGAAUCCAGGGCGCCAUGAAGAUAACCAUGUGCUCUCAUUCGAUGCAGCUGUUCGGUCGGUGUCUCAAGAAUUCGAUCACUUCAAGGAGAUUCCUGAAGAAGACCAGUUUGAUAAGAGAAGCCCUGCUUCAAGAGAAUUCAGAGAGAUCGAGGAAGAACCAGAAACCAGCAAACCUACUCACACAUUUGAUUCUGGUCUUGGCAACUCAAUUUCAAUUUCUCGGCAUCAAACCCUUGAUAAUGGAUCAGCCUCUGAGAUAUGUCCGGAGAUUAAAGAGAGUGCUAUAAGAAGAGAAACUGAAGGUGAGUUCAGGUUAUUGGAAAGGAGAGAAGGAAACAGAUAUGCAGGUGGUAGAUUUUUUGGUAUAGAAGAUGCUGAUCAUGGAAGCAGGGGAAGACGUGUAUCCUUCAGCAUGGAAGACAACCGCAAAGCCCGUAUGAGUCAUACACUUGAGCCUGGGGAAUUGUUAGCAACAAGUUUGGAUGAUGACGAGUUCAUUAGUGAUGGCGAUUAUGAUGAUGGACAAGAUUCAGACAGGAGAGAGCCCGAGAUAGCAUGCAGGCAUCUUGAUCACAUUAACAUGUUGGGUCUCAAUAAAACUACUCUACGGCUAAGAUAUCUCGUCAAUUGGCUAGUUACCUCAUUGCUUCAGAUAAGAUUUCCUGGUUCAAAUGGAGAAGACAGUUCACGACUUGUUCGCAUCUAUGGUCCGAAAAUCAAAUAUGAGAGGGGCGCAGCUGUUGCAUUCAACGUGCGAGACAGAAACAGGGGUCUUGUUAGUCCUGAAAUAGUUCAGAGACUGGCUGAGUCACAUGGUAUCUCUCUUGGCAUUGGUAUUCUAAGUCACAUACGAAUCUUAGAUAACCCAAAACAGCAGCAACGGUCUCUGAGUCUUGAUGACACUACCCUUUGCAAACCCAUGGAGAAUGGCAAGUAUGAUGGUAGAAGUGGGUUUGUGAGAGUCGAAGUUGUUACUGCUUCACUUGGCUUCCUCUCUAAUUUUGAUGAUGUCUAUAAGUUGUGGGCUUUUGUGGCUAAAUUUCUUGACCCUGGUUUUAUUAAAGAAGCUGGACUCCCGCCUGUUGCAGAAGACGUCGAGUCAUGAAGCUACUAAAGGAAGGCUGAAUUGGUAGCUGUUUGCUCCUAAUAUAAGAUGCAGGAAUCUAUCACCAAUAGUGGGUUGAAAAUCUGAUGAAAGUUGCAAGAGAAACAAUGAAAAGGUCUGAGUUGUAUUCUUUUGGCCCCUCUGUUUCUUCGAUGCAUGCGGGAGAAAUUUUUUUAUUCUUGUCCUUAAUUGCUUGAAUGUUUCUUUACCUUUUUGGAGUUUCCUGUAGAGUUGGGAGUUAGAAAUUUGUAUUUUCUCAGGUAGUCAUGAAUCAUGAAGAACCAAAGCAGUUAUAAGCCAGGGGUUUUAUGAUCCCUUUCCGCCAUUUGCCCCUCGUGCUUCUCAGCUGUGUAUAAUGAUCAUUCAUGCUUUUGCUCAGGCUAUUAUAGAGUGCCUUGUUCUUGUUAUCAGCAUAAUUUUGUGGAAAAAGGACUAUUCAUACUGCCCAGUUUCCCUUGAAUGAUUUUGAUGCCCUUUGUGAUUUUGAAGUUCAUGGUCAACUUGACCAUGUUCCAAUUUGUUUUAAUGAAGUAAUUACCUUGUGUUGGCAAACUAA